UGACAGCUCAGAGCCUGAAGCCUGCUUCAGACUCUGUGUCUCCCUCUCUGUCUGCUUCUCUCCUCCUCACACUGUCUCUCUCUCAAAAUAAUAAAUACAUUUUUUUAAAAAAGGAAGGAAAUCCUGCAGUUUGCUACACCAUGGGUCAGCCUGGAGGAUAGUCUAAGUGAAAUAAGCCAGACACAGAAAGGCAAAUACUGUAUAAUCCUACUUAUAUGUGGAAUCUAAAAUAGUUGAACUCAUAGUAACAGAGUAGAAUGGAAGUUAUCAGUGGCUUGUGGGAUGGAGGAGAUUGGGGGAUGUUGGACAGAAUACAAAACCUUGAGUUAUAAAUGUUGGAGACCUAAUGUAUAGUAUAGCGACUGUUGUUUAUGUAUACUUGAAAUUUGCUGAGAGUAGAUCUCAAGUGUAGAUCUCAAGUGUUCUUACAACACACAAGAAAAUGGUAACUGUGGGCUACAGAUGUUAAUUAGCUUGUUUGUGGUAAUCACUUCACGGUAUAUGCAUAUAUCAAAACAUCACGUUGUACAUGGUAAGUAUAUACAACUUGUCAAUCAUACCUCAAUAAAGCUGGUAAAAAAAGAUGCUGUGUUAAACAUCAUAGUAUCACUGCCUUAAAGCUUACCGUUUCUUGACUUUGUGGGAAAAAUGAACAAGUAAUAGCAACUAUGGGAAUUUCUUCCUAUCCUUGGUAAACUUAGUUCAGUUGAAGAGGAAAUAACAAAACUAAAGACUUUGUAAGGUAAGGCUAUUUAGUUCUGAAAUCAUGGUAAAAAUCAUUCUUCAAAGGCAAAUUAUACAUGGGAGCAUACAGAAUAGGUUAAUUCAGUUUUGAUGCUGGAAAAUUAUGCACAUGGAAUGUAAAGGAGUAACAGUGGUAGAUUCACUCUAGAAUUUAUAUAUGCCCCCAAAGAGACUUUCUUAUUUCUGCUAAAAAAAGUGGAGUGGGCCAUUUACAGAGUGCUUUGAGUAACACAAUAAAUGAUGUAUAGCCAAUUAAUAAUCUUGCAGAUGGAAUCUAGUUGAAAUGAAAAUAGUAAAAAUGUAGGAGGACAGGAGAAUUAAAAGCCAACAGCUUCUCCUGUCUCUAUUAAUAAACUAAAGACUUAGAGUAUGUUUUGAGUUUUCUUUUGGUUUUCACAUUGAACUGGGUAAUAAUAUAAACUAAAAGUAUUUGCAUUCAUUUUUCUUCUUGAAGUUAUAAGCAGUUCCUUUAUAUUGCUUUAGUAGCAUCAUCUGUUGAUCCUGCUUUAAAAAAAAAAAAUUGUUUCGUUUGACUUUGUGCAACAUACUACCAAAUCACCCGAAUAUAAUUUGGGAAUUUUUGUCUCCCUAGAAUAAAUAUAGAACAUGCUUGUAUAGUUACUUAUAGCAGACCUUUGUCAUUCUCUCAUUUCCUUUCAAAAAACUUACUAAGCUAUAUGUGUCAGACAUUUUGUGCAACAGAGUUAAAUAAUAUGCAGAAGCCAGAGAAAUGUCCUUUAGAGGAAUACUAUUGACAUGAAGCAAUACCCUCUGACCUUACUAGCACAACUCAAUGUGUUUUUGAAAGUAGAGAUGUUUACUAACUCAUUUUGGAAAUCACUCCUAUAGAAUGGGCAUAAGUGGAAUAUUAAUAUUUUGCUUUCUGCUUUUUUCAUUUAGAGUUAAUGCCUUUAGUAUAUUCAUGUGGCUAUGUAUACUUCUAGUGUCCUUUCACCACAUUUUGUUUAUCCACUCCCAAUGAUGGAAACCUAGAAGCUUCAGAAUAUAUGUUGGUCUUACGGAGAAUAUCUUUACUAUAUAUACAUAAGAGUAGAAUUGCUGGAUCAUGAGAUGUGCAAAUAGUUUGACUAAAUACUGCUGCCAAAUUGCUCGAGAAAAAUUACCCCAGACUGUAAUAUCACCAGCAGUACUGGUUCCUACAGGGGCUAUUCCUUUACUUUCCUCACUAACAGUUGGCAUUGUCUCCAGCUUAUAAUUUUUGCCAAAUAGAGUAAAGUGAUAACUCUAUUCAUCAUAUGGCUAAUGGCCUGUUGAUUUUCUCUUCUGUAAAUUGAAUAUUUUUGUUUUAGCCAUUUCUUUAUGGAGGUUGCUACCUUUUUGUUGUGGAUUUGUAGUUCACUUAGUUCUUGAUAUCUUUAGUUCAAUACAGAAAUAAUUUUGAUGUGAUACUGAAUUCAUCAUUUUUUGGUCUUGUGCUUUAUGUUUUUUUAUUUAAAAGUCUCCCUGUCCCCAAGUCACAAUACUUUAUAUUCAGGUAUUAUAUUCUAUUAACUAUAUAGUUUUACCAUUCUCAUUUGGGCCUUUCAUCCAACAUGAGUCCUCCUUUGUAUGUGGCAUUAUGUAGGUAUACAUUUGAUUUUUCUUCAUGUAAUGGGCCAGCUUUACCAAUAUUGUGUACUAAAUGUAUCAUUCCCCAUUGAUUUAUAUGCUAACUUUAUUUUGUACUGCAUUCUAAAACUUUAUAUGGCUGUGCUUCUCAAUUUUGUCUGUUACAUUGGACUAUUUGUCCAAUACACUAACUCCACCCUAUUUUAAACUCUGUAACUUUCAUAGUAUGUGUUAAUAUCUUGUAGGCCAAGAGCCCCUCUACUCUUCUGUUUAAAUAGUUGGUUUGGCAAGAUGUGGAAUUUUACUCUUUCCGUAUUAGGAUUGUAUAAAUCAAUUUGGAAAAAGUUUUUAUAAUAUUCAUCUGUUCCAUCCAAGAUUUUUAAAUCCUCUUCUGUCCUUUAUUAGAAUUCUACAUUCUUCAUAGAGGUCUUAUAUAUAUCAUUAAGUAGUUCCUAGAUCCUUGGUAGGUUUGGUGUUGUUGGGUUUUUUUCUCAUUAUGAAAGAUAGAUACUUUUACUUUUUUUUGUUUUUUUGUUUUUUUUAGUUAGUAUUGCGUGUGUAGAAGGUAAAAGUGGGUUUAAAUCCAGACUGUCAUUUAGUAGAGGUUUGACCAUGGGACAUUUGCAGUUCCUAGAAUAGUACCUGAUAAAUAGUAAGCACUAUAUAAAUAAUGAAUAUCCAUAGAUUAAUCUCAGAUCCAGAAACCUUGUUGAGCCCUUUUAUUAGCUCUAAUCAUUUAUAUGUUAGGGUUUUUUUUUUUUAAUUACAUGACCAUAUCAUUUGUAAAUUGUUACAUCUCUUUUCUUCCAUUUCUUACACUUGUCAUUAUUUUUUUCUAACAUCGAUUAAGACUUCUGGUACUAUAUCAGCCAGUAUCAGUCAUCAUGGCCAUCCUUAUCUGAUUUCAUUUUUAGAGGGAAUAUAUCUAAAGUUUCUCAUUUAGGUUAUAUUUGCUAAAAAUUUUUGGUAGGUAACUUAGGUACGAAGUUGAGAAAGUAGCUUUUCUCCCUGGUUUGGUUAAAAGUAUUUUGUUACGUUUUUGAAGGAACUAAGAAAGGUUAAAUAUCCACAGUUGACAAAAUUAUCAGUCUUUUUGGUUUUUUGCUUCAUUUUAUUGUCAUAGUGACAUAUAUUUGUACAUUUUCUGAAGUUGAGGUAUUCCUCCUUUCCCUGGGAUAAGCUCUACAUGAUAGCAUAUUCUUUUUUUUUUUUUUUCUUUAAUCUACUGUUAGAUUUUGUUAGGUAAUAUUUGGAAUUUAUGCAAGUGAAAUGAGACUGUAUUUUUUUAUUUGGCUCAUCUCUAGAUUUAGAGUUGAUAUUUUAUUAAAAUCUUCCUAAAAGGAGUUUGUCAGUUUAUAUGUUUUUUUCCUUUUUUUUUUUUUUUUAAACAAUUCAUAUUAAACAGGUAUUAAUUUCCUUGGAAGUUUAGUGGAACUCACUUUACAAAACCAUAUGGGCCCGCUGCUUUUAAAAGGAGGUUGGGGCCUUUUGUUUUGUUUUGUUUUGUUUUUUAACAUUUAGUUAUCUGUUCUAUUCAAGUUAUCUAUUUCUUCCUAUAUGAAUUUUAGUAUUUUCUUCCAGAAUUCAGCCAUUUCAUCUAGAUUUUCACAUUUAGUAUGUAUUUGUCAUUUUUUAAAUUUUUAAAUCUUUUAUUUUUAAGUCUCUUGAUAAGUUUCACUGGUUUCAUUUUUCUUACUCAUAUUUUCAAAAAACCGUCUUUUAGUUUUAUCAGUCUUCUCUAUUCUCAUAUGCUGUUUCAUUUCUGACUUUAUUUCCUUCUUGCUUAUUUUGCUCUUGCUCUUUUCCAUUAUUUUGAAUUGAAUGCUUAACUUGUAGGUGUUUAAACUUCCUCUUUUCUCAUCAGUGUAUUCAAAGCUAUAUAUAUAUAUAUUUUUUUUUAAGGGAGAGAGAGAGAACAGAAGUAGGUGAGGGGCAGAGGAAGAGAGAACCUCAAGCAGGCUCCACACCCAGUGCAGAGCCUGAUGUGGGGCUCUAUCUCACAACUGUGAGUUCAUGACCUGAGCUGAAAUCAAGAGUCAGUCAGUUGCUUAUCCUACUGAGCCACCCAAGGUGCCCCUAAAGCUAUAACUUUCUUUUGGGUACUGGUUUGGCCAUGUCCCACAAUUUUGCCUUGUGUGGUUUAUAUCAGUCAGUUUUAAUAUUUAACAUCUUUUGUAAUUUCCAUUUUAACCCAUGAGGUAUUUAGCUUCCUAACAUAGGAUUCCUUUUAACUAACCUUUAAUAUCUACUUUACUGCAUUUUGGUCAGAGAAUUUAGUCUGAAUGAAAUUGACCCUUUGGAAUCUAGUUACACUUUUAAACCUAACACAUGAUCUAUUUUCAUGUGUGUGUAUGUGCACUCUCAAGUAUCUAUUCUGUUUGGUAUAAAGUUCUGAAUAUUUAUAUAAUAAUAAAGUAUAUUAAUAUUUUGACUUUUUCAGGCUUCUUAUAUCCCUGCUUAAUAUUUCCCCCUCAGUUCUAUGAGUUGUUACUUAAGAAAUUUUGAGGUUGUGCUUUCAGGAUCAUAUAUACCUCAUAUAUGUUUAUGAUGAGUACUAUAUAAUUUUAUGCUGUUCUUUCAUUGGUAUUAAUGUCUAUAUUUGUCCCUUGUAUUUUUUGACUUGAAAUCUUUUUUUGAUGGGUAUUAAGAUUGCUAUCUCAACUUUAUUUUGGUCCACAGUUGCCUGAUAUAUCUUUUUUCAUUCUUUUAUUUUUUACUUUUCUGUGUCUUUUUGCUUUGAAGUAUCUUUUGUUAGUUGCAUGUUAUUGAAUUUUAUUUUGUUUUUCUAAUCCAGGCUGAAUGUCUGUCUUUUUAACUGUGAGUUUUAACAUGUUUACAUUCAUUGUAAUUCCUACUAUAUUAAGAUUUACACCUGCCAUCUUCUCUCAUAUCUGUUGAGUAUGGUUAUAUGACCACAACCUCUGGGGUCCCAGCAAGAAUCCUAACGUCUAACAGCUCUGUAACCAAGACAGGUCCCCUAAAACUAAUCCCCACAAACCCAUCUAAAGGAAAACAGCAACAACAACAGUACCACCGCCUUUUAUAGCUCUCUAUCUGGAGUUUUGAGUUUGGAGCAUAAAGGAACUACUUUUGCGGGAGUAAUUUUCUGGGCUAGAACGGCAUACUAAAAAAUAAACUGACCCAGAUAUUAACCAAUAAAUGAUUAAAAUGACCCCAGUCUCUCCCAGUAGAAAAAUCUGCCUAAGACUAGGAGAUAAAGAUGGGAAAGCUCAGUAAACCUUCUUGGUCAGCAUCCAUGUUCUUAGAUACAGACAAUAAUAUAACCCAUUGCUUUCAGACUUUAAUAUCAUUUCUCUAGUCUUCUCAUUCACAGGUUAAAGCUACCUUUCCAGAUAUUUCAACUAAGUCACCAGUUUCCAAGGGCAUUUGCCACCUACGGAAAACAUCAGAUUCGAGUACACCAGAUGUCCUUGACAACUCAUCCCACCACAAAAUUUGCUCCACCAGCAGACAACAAAGGCAACCACUGUGUUUCUUUCCAUUACCAAGUAGAUAUAAUAUCCCCGCCAACAAGACAGAAUACACAAAGUGUCUCCUCGCAGUAUCACAACCAGUUGAGACCACGCUAAGAAAGUCAGCUUGCCUGGAGGAAGACCCCUUCUCUUCUUGGGUACACACAGUUUGAAGGAGAAACUCUGACCUGUGCCACUGAAAAGGACCACAAAUUUGGAACACUUCUCUUUUCCUUCCAGAACCCCCAAAAGACUCAGGGAUUUGAAGCACCCUGGGAGAUGGGAGUGAGGAGCAAAGUUGAAACACAGGAGGCUACUGGAGAGUGUUCAUCACCAAAACAAAAGAGUAAGUCUAAAGAAGAAGGCUUGGCAUCCUGAAGACAAGAUCUCACAAAGGAAUGCAAUGAAGGAAAGUCAGGAUGGCUACCAUGUCAACAAAAUUCACGCGUCCGGGACUUGCCAGGGCUCCAAAGCUGAUGCCCGCGGUGGCACCGACCGGAGAAUGGAUUGGGAUCCCGAGAUGCACGUGAAAAUGUGCAAGAAGAUCGCCCAGCUCACCAAGGUGAUUUACGCCCUCAACACCCGCCAGGAUGAAGCGGAGGCCAGCGUGGAGGCUCUGCGGGAAGCCCACCGGGAGGAGCUCCAGAAGGCCGUGGCGGAGACCGAGGCUAGGCUCCUGCGGGAACAGGGCCACGCAGAGGAGGAGGCCCUACUCCAGCGCAUUCGGGCCCUGGAGAACGCCUUGGAGCUGCAGAAGAGGCUGACCCAGGAGGCGCUGGCUCAGUCAGCCACGUGCAGGCUGGAGACCAAAGAGAGGGAGCUGAGGGUGGAGGCAGAGCACGCCGAGCGGGUCCUCACCCUCUCCAAGGAGAUGCUGGAGCUCAAGGCCGACUAUGAGAAGAGGCUCCGGCACCUGGCGAACCACGAGACGCCCCAGUGGGGCCAGCUUUCCCAGGAGGGCCCGGAGCCCAAGGGAGAGCCAGGCCACGGCCACGAGAUGCGGGACAUCCUCCUGGAGGUGGAGAGGCUGCGAGCGGAAAACCAGCAGCUGAGCAAAGACUACGCCAGGAAGGCUGAGGAGCUGCAGGCCACCUAUGAGCGGGACACCGAGGCCAUCCGGCAGGCCAUGCAGCAGUCCGUGAGUGAGGCCCUGUGGCAGUGGCAGGAGAAGGAGACGGACCUCCGCAAGAACUUCCAGGUCCAGGAGUCGGCCCUGCAGGCUCAGGUCAGGAAGCUAGAAGGAGAUCUGGAGCACAGGGGCCGCAAGAUAAGUGACCUGAAGAAGUAUGCCCAGAAGCUGAAGGAGAGGACUCAGGACCUAGAUGUGCAGCUCAAGGAGGCUCGGCAGGAGAACUCUGAGUUGAAAAGUACUGCAAAAAAACUCGGGGAGAAGCUGGCCAUUGCCAAAGACAGACUGAUGCUGCAGGAACGUCAUGUAACACCGAAAACCGAUGAAAUGAAGACAGAGCUAGUUGCAGAGAAUGAAGUCCUAGGGAAGGCGAAUGACCUGGAAGGCCACAGUCUCCAUCCUCAGCAGGACCCGAACUUUCCCAAGGAGUGUCCAUGUACCAAAGGAGGCCCAGAGAUACAGACCAAGAAAGAGGCAAGUAUUGAGACGGAAUAUAUGAAGAAGCAAUAUGAAGAAGACCUUCGUAAAAUCAAACAUCAGACAGAAGAGGAGAAGAAACAUCUCAAAGACCAGCUAGUGAAGCGCCUGGAAGACUUGGUAAAGAAGCACGCCAUAGAAAUCAAAUCGGUUCGCUCUUCGGUGGAGGCCGAGAGGAGGAAGCUGCAGAAGGAAGUAGAAGCACAGUUGGAGGAAGUGAAGAAGAAAUCAGAAAAUGAAAUCAAGCAGCUGGAAGAAGAAAAAGCAGCCCUAAAUGUGAAGCUCCAGAAUUCUCUGCUCGAGGUUUUAAGACUGGAAGAAUUUAUCCAACAGAAUAAGGUACAUCCCCGAAGAGGCAAAGAAAAGCCCCAGGAAUUGGACAGCCAGCGCUGUAGUAUUUUAGAGACCCAGGAUCCAUGCUCGAAGCUGAAUAAACCUCAGACCCCACCCAAAGGAGAAGAGUACCAGGAUAAGUUAGCAGCUGAAGAAGGAACCAGCAGUGAUGAAGAAGAAAGGAUCAAAGUGCCCCUCAAGGAAGGAGAUGGCCUGCAACCUCCACUGAGCUCUUUGCUGGAGGAGAAGGCACCCGACAUCCAGCGUCUGCAGGAGGAGUGGCAAAGCCAGAAGGCCAGAUUGCAAGCCCAGGUCUCCCAGAUGCAGCAGGCUCUGGAGCAGUGUGCCAGCAGCUACCGGGAGGACCUGCAGGAGCUCAGGCAACUCUCCGACCACGAAAGGGAGAAGCUGCAGCACGAGCUCCAGGAGACCGUUCAGCAGAACCAGGCCAUGAAAGCCCAGCUCGAGGCCUCCCACCAGCGAGCCUUGCGCAUGCUUGAGAAGGCCAAAAAUCAAGAACUCAAGGCCGCAGAGGAGCGCCUGAAGAAGGAAGCCAGCCACAGCCUGCAGAUCCAGCACCAGGCGCACCGGCUGGAGCUCCAGGCCCUGGAGGAAAAGGCCCGGCAGGAGCUCCAGGGAGAGCGGGAGAGGACGCAGGCUCAGCAGGCUCUCGUGUUAGAGUCCCUGAGGCAGGAGCUGUCAGAGCAGCGGGCCGCCUGCUCUGGGCACCAGAAAGACCUGGAGGUGCUGCAGGCCGAGCUGAGGGCUCUGGGCAGCUUGGGCAAGCCGCAGGCCACCGCCCAGUGUCCAGGGGACAGUGAGGACCGCACCGUCGCUACAGAGGACGCGGGCGGCCUGGGCCAGACGGGCUCCCCGAAGGGCGCCGCGGAGCCGGGUCCGAGCGAGGGCUGCGACCUCUGGGAGGAGAACUCGCAGCUCAAGGACGCAGUGCAGCGGCUGCGGGCCGAGGUGGAACAGCAUCAGCAGGAGGCGCUACAGCUCCGCGAGCAGCGCAGGCUGCUGGAGGAGGAUCAGCAAGCCCAACGGGCCCGGGAGGUGGAGAAGCUACGCCAGGAACACCGGAAGGAGAUGCAGGCCAUGGUGGCGGAUUUCAGCAGUGCACAAGCCAGGCUCCAGGCCCGGCUGGCUGCCCUGGAAACUGAACUGAAGGAUUCCGGAGAGAAACCAGGGAAGGGGGCGUCCAGGCCAGAGGACGUUCAGCUCAUAGGCCGCCUGCAGACCCGCCUGAAGGAGAGAGAGGAGAUCAUCAAGCAGCUCAUGGAGGAGAGAAGAUUUCACUGCGCAGCCUUCCCCAGCGCCGUGUCCCAUCGGAACCGGUCUUUCUCUUUCAACCCUCACCCAGGAUACUUGACCCCCUCCAUGAAGAAAAAGAAGCUGGAGGAAGUGCCCAGCCGAGUGGUCAGUGUGCCAAACCUGGCCUCCUAUGCAAAGAACUUUCUGAGUGGUGAUCUGAGCUCCAGGAUCAACGCCCCUCCAAUAACGAAGUCACCCAGCUUGGACCCAAGCCCUGGCUGUGGCCAGCCUUACAAACCCACCCAGGCUCUAGAUGUGAAAACUGCCACAAGGACACAAGAUGGUGAAACAGCCCAACCCAAAGAAGUCCAGCAGAAACAGGGUUCUGCCCACCAGGAAUGGUUUACCAAGUAUUUCUCUUUCUAAACUGAGUCUCAGGAUUCCAUCACAAAGAGGACACCUGAA